AUGCAUCCGCGCAAUUGUCGAACCUAUCGUCCGCCCUCCCCCCCCACCUCUCUCAGGCGAAAGCUGGCUGCCUACUUUGCACUGACAAAACCUCGACUAUCCUUCCUCAUUGUGCUCAGCACUACGUCUGCAUACGGAAUGUACCCGAUUUCCUCUCUCCUCACCCUCGACCCAGCCAUGACUCCACUCCCGACACUCUCAACCUCGACUUUGACCUUUAUAUACUUGACAGCCGGCACAUUCCUAUCAUGCUGCAGUGCCAACACGUUGAACAUGAUGUUUGAGCCAAAAUAUGAUGCAUUGAUGUCGCGCACGAGGAAUCGCCCCUUAGUCCGCGGGCUGGUCUCGCGUCGUGGAGCUCUGCUUUUUGCAAUUGCAACUGCCGCUACAGGGUUGGGUCUGCUUUAUAUUGGAACUAACCCGACGACCACCGCUCUUUCUGCCGCCAACAUUUUCCUCUAUGCGUUCGUCUAUACCCCGCUUAAGCGAAUCCAUGUCAUCAACACCUGGGUCGGUGCCGUCGUUGGUGGUAUUCCACCUCUGAUGGGUUGGGUUGCGGCGGCAGGCCAGACCGCGACAACUGGGCAUGACACAUGGCGCGACAUGCUGUUCAGCGAAGACAGCAUUGGUGGAUGGUUGCUCGGAGCUAUUCUUUUUGCUUGGCAAUUCCCCCACUUCAACGCUCUCUCCCAUACCAUUCGUGAUGAAUACAAGGCCGCCGGCUAUCGCAUGCUCGCCUGGGUGAAUCCUGCCCAGAAUGCUCGUGUCGCCCUCCGCUACUCCAUCUUAAUGUUCCCCAUUUCCAUUGGCCUGUGGUGGGUCGGCGUUGUUGGUCACGGCUUCCUUGUGGGAAGUACGUUCGCCAACGGCUGGCUCGUUCGUGAAGCAUAUGGUUUCUGGAAGCAUCAGGGUGCCCAGGGAACUGCGCGUGGUCUUUUCUGGGCCAGCAUUUGGCAACUCCCCAUUCUCCUUGUUGGUGGUCUUGUAACCAAGAAGGGAUUGUGGGAUGGUGUUUGGCGGAAUAUUUUUGGUCAACCAGAAGAGGAAGAUGAUGAGUACGUGUAUUAUGACGAGGAGGAAGAGAGCACAGUAGAGGCUACCGAUAAACCCCAUUCAACAUCGAGUCGGGAAAGCACUUUAUCUACUGCGUAG